CAGCCUCAGUGAGACUGAAGCUGCUCAGCUAGCAGUAGGUAAUGAGUCUUUGUGCAGAGUGAAGCUCUUGUCGCUGAACAAUAAAGCAUAUGGUACCAGCAAUAAAACACAGUGCUGGGAAAUUUAAGAAGAUUCUGUUGGAAGUAGGAAGACAGUGAAUAUGUCACACGUUAUAAAAUGAUGAUCAAUCUAUUUUGGUUCCUAAUUAAUAAAAAGAGUGCAUGGAUUGGAAAAACAACAUUUUGAACAGGUACAUGUGACAGCGUUGCAGCUAUGAGUGGAAUUUUAAAGAGGAAAUUUGAAGAAGUUGAUGGCUCCUCACCCUGCUCCUCUGUGCGGGAAUCUGAUGAUGACAUUUCUAGCAGUGAAAGUGCGGACAGUGGUGAUAGUGUCAAUCCAUCCACUUCUAAUCAUUUUACCCCUUCAUCGAUCCUGAAGAGGGAGAAGCGGAAAAGGACAAAGAAUGUUCAUUUUAACUGUGUUACCGUGUACUACUUCACAAGAAGGCAAGGCUUCACCAGUGUCCCGAGUCAAGGAGGAAGCACAUUGGGCAUGUCCACUCGUCACAACAGCGUGCGUCAGUACUCCCUUGGAGAAUUUGCAAUGGAACAGGAGAGGCUUCAUCGAGAGAUGUUAAGAGACCAUCUAAGGGAGGAGAAACUUAACUCUUUAAAACUGAAGAUGACAAAGAAUGGUACAGUGGAAUCUGAAGAGGCUAAUACUCUGACAUUGGAUGACAUUUCUGAUGAUGAUAUUGAUUUAGACAACACAGAAGUAGAUGAAUACUUCUUUCUACAACCUCUACCAACAAAAAAACGUAGGGCGCUGCUACGAGCCUCUGGAGUGAAAAAGAUUGAUGUGGAAGAAAAACAUGAGCUGCGGGCUAUCCGCCUAUCCAGAGAGGAUUGUGGUUGUGACUGCCGAGUGUUCUGUGAUCCAGAAACGUGUACUUGCAGCCUGGCAGGCAUAAAAUGCCAGGUGGAUCGUAUGUCUUUUCCAUGUGGUUGCACUAAAGAAGGGUGCAGCAACACAGCAGGUAGAAUUGAAUUUAACCCCAUCCGUGUACGGACUCACUUUUUGCAUACAAUAAUGAAGCUUGAAUUGGAAAAAAAUAGAGAGCAGCAAGUUCCUGCACUAAAUGGUUGCCACACUGAGGUAAGUGCUCACACUAGUUCUCUGAGUACAGCACCCCACCCGGUAGAAUAUUCACUUGCAGAGAAUUUUGAGAUUGAAACUGACCCCCAGGCUGCAGUGAUGCACCUGCAGUCUGCUGAAGAUUUGGAUUGUCCUGGGGAAGAGGAGGAGGAGGAAGAAGAUGGAAGUAGCUUUUGUAGUGGAGUUACAGAUUCUAGUACACAAAGUUUAGCACCCAGUGAAUCUGAUGAUGAUGACGAUGAUGAAGAGGAGGAGGAGGAAGAAAAAGCAGAUGAUUUUGUGGAAGGCAUGGGGUCCCAUGCCGAUGUGGUGCCUCUUCCUUCUGUCCUUUGCUAUUCUGAUGGCACUGCAGUACGUGAAAGCCACUCUAAAAAUGCCUCAUUCUAUGCUAACUCUUCAACUCUGUAUUACCAAAUAGAGAACCAUGCCCCUGGCAGUAAUAACCAGAUCACUGAGACCUAUUCAGAAAGGGACACUGUUAAAAAUGGUAGUCUUUCUCUGGUGCCUUACAAUAUGACUUCAGAGCAGUUUGUUGACUACACACGGCAAUCAGAGGAAAGUUACAGCAGCUCUCAUUACCCUUCUGCAAACCCCUCUGUGAUAGUUUGCUGCUCCUCUUCAGAAAGUGAUAACAGUGUUCCAUGUAAUAGUUUAUACACUGAACAUAGGCCAAGCCACCCUCAAGUGGAAUUUCACUCAUACUUGAAAAGUACCUCUCAAGAUGGAUUUGUUUCAGCUUUGAACGGUGACAGUCACAUACCAGAGCAAGCUGCUGAGAAUUCUAUAAGCCUUUCAGAAAAGAGCAGACUGCAUGAAGAGUGUAUCAAAUCAUCUGUAGUGGAAACAGUACCUGUUUAAUUUAUUAAGAUAUUCUAGGACUGAAUCCCUUUAUUUAAAUGCACUCCAAUUGGAUUUCCUAGAAUCAUAAUUUUUUAAGCUGUGGACUAAGAAAACUUGGACUAUGGUUAAUAUUCCAGACACAUUUUGUUUUUUUCUUUCAAGCUACAUGGCUGUGGCAUUGCACAAAAACAGUUCAUGUAAAGAUUAAAAACAGAAAUCAAACUGUCUUUUGAUAGAAAAUGUAUAAAUUAAAAAUAUAUACAUAUUUCAAAGUAGCCUACCUGUCAAACUAUGUGGAACCUGCCAAGCUAUCUGAAUCAAAGCUUCAUGUUUUUGAUUGUUGGGCCUGUGCAAGAUUGUUAAACUGAUACUUUGAAAUAAUCAUGUUUAGAGUCCUACAUUUUCAACAUAUCUGAAAAAGAUAGUGACUUUUUAUGUAAAAGUAAUUAAUGUAUGAAAAAGGUUUAGGUGUUCUGUACUGUAUUUUAUUUAUGGUAGUUUAGUACUCAUGUUUUGAUAAAAAUGAACAGCAUGUUCAUUUGAGUUGAAAAUCCAUAGCUAGUUCAGCAGAGCAUGCCCACGUAAAUUUCAUCUGGCGUACCAUAUACAUUUUUUAUAACUACUCUUAGCAACUGAUCUUAAAAUACAUUCUUUACAAUUCAUUACGUCUGUUUUUACUCUUUUUGACAGACAAAUCUGUGAGUAAGGGGGCAUUUAUAUUUUGUAUAAAGGUGAAAGGUAGGACAAUCCUCCAUUAAUGUCUGAAUCAAUGACAACCCACAGUUAACUCCCCCUAGAGAAAAUUGAUGUUGUGUAUAAGGACAAAGCAGUAGUUUAUAAACUUGCACAGCACCUUUUAGUCCCAGAAAUAUUCAGCUUACUAAUGCACUUUAGUGCCAUUUUGCAGUACCUUAUUAAUUGUGGGUACUGUGAACUAUUUUGGAGAUAUGCCAUAGCUCCAGAUUGUGAGAUCUAUAUAAUAGACCGGCAUCUUACAAUUCAUUGUAAUAAAACUGAUACAAGUUUUCCCAAGCCAGUAUAUGAAUGCUUAAAUAAGUAAUUAGUAAGAGCAAAGAGUCAUUCUGUUAGGAGGUUAAAGGAAGCAUGGAAAACCGUUUACGUUUUUCUAGAUUCUUCUACCUAUUUAGCAAUCUUUACAAAAUAAGAGCCUGAUCCAAAGCCCAUUGAAGCCGUUCAGUGGGCUUUUGAUCAAACCCUAAAUGUACAAAGUCACUUAAUUACUCUGAUGAUAACAGUAUUAGGUACCAGAAUCUGUAUAUUCAACUAGGACACUAGUGUCAGAAGUUUUAUAGUUGUGAAAAUUUGUAGGCAAAUUCUAAUGCAUUACGUGCAUCAUUCAUUAUAACCUGAUUUUCAUUUUACUUUUUAAAAGGGACAAUGAGAAUUACAACACAUGCUGCAUCCCAACCCUUAAAUUAUCUGGACUUGGUUUUUCUAGAGAAGAACUUCUUCUAGGAGUUCAUUUUCAACACGUUUAUUAGAUAUACCUAGCUGUGCAUUGCCUUAUUUUAAAAUGCAAUAGGACACUUCUUAAACUGUUUUGAUAUUUUGGUCCUUCUACUGAUAUUGAAGUAUCAUUAUAUAUCUGUUAGUUGGAAAUGAUUGUCUUUUUUGUCAAAUUACAGCAUCUGCUGCUUAAUUUUUAUCUCUGUCAAAUUGAGUUUUUUUAGGGGUACAGAUGUAAGCAUAUUGUAGAUUUCAACUCUGUACCAAUUCUUCUUCUGCUGAAUCACUUUUUAUAAAAUCAGCUACAAUGUUCCAGGUAGAAAAACUAUCAUGCUAAAAAGAUGUUCUCUGAAAAAGAAGUUGUGACUUAAUGGCUCUUUUAUGAAACCAUUGCACACCAUUUUCAAGUCAAUUGUUUUACACUAAAUUGGCAAAAUAUUUUUAUAUUUUCUCGUAACAUGAGGGAGCUGUUUUGUUUAUUUGUUCCCACAUUGAUUCAUGAAUGUCUUCAUUGGGAUUCCUUUGAGAUAAAAGCCCUGGUUCAAUAAGAAUUGCAUACUUCAUUUGCAUGGCAUUCCUGUCUCCUGGGAAAGUGCAGACCGCUUGGACUUGCUGUCUAAAGUAGCCAUUCUAGCAAGUCAUCUGUUCCUUGUUCACAGUAGAAACUUCUUUUCUUUCCCUGAAGGGUGUGUAGUCAGUUCAGACAGGUGUUCUCAGCUUUGACACAGCAAAUGGUAUUCUUUAUUUUUAAAGAGAAACAGCUUAGAAACAUUGGAUAAAAAGAAGUAUGCAGGUUACUGAUAAUAUUGUCUUGAUAACAGAGCUCUCUUAAUUUACAGAGCCCCUGUAACAAAUCACUGGGCACAUGUGUACACAUCACAGAAACCUGGCACACGCCACACUAGCACUUAAAGCACAAACCUCUAGCUAACACAGUAACUGUGAGUGAGUAGCAGGUUCUUAACUUCAGUGUGGAUUGGCCACUAGAAGGAGACAUAAUUAUGCACAUUUAACCAAUGUAUUACGUUCUGGUGAAAAUAAGAUUUUUACUUCAUUAUUUGCCCUGUUAUGGAGCAAUAAGAAAUUAUUUUCUUAGUCUCUAACUUUCCACAUGAAGAAAAUCUUCAGCGACAUUAGAAAGAAAAACACUCAGAAAAGUAAGUAAUUACGUAAAGCACGUCUCAACUAGCUUUAAAAUAGCGAGAUGGCUGCUGCUGUGCUUCUUCGUUACCAUUUAUAGUGCAAUAGAGUUCAGAGAAUCUGAUCAAGAUGGGCCCCCUGUGCUAGGUGCUGUAUAACCAUCUCUAGGUCCUGAGACCUGCUAUUAUAGUAUUAGAACUAAACAUGGGCCCUGCCCGCAAGAGCUUACAAUCUAAGACGACACACAACAUACAAAGGGAUGGGAAUAGGGAGGUGAUUAAAUAAUAUUUUGCUAUAUUUUCCACAAGUAAAGUUGGGAACAGUUAUGAGGAGUCAAAAGACAUAGUAGCUGGAGUUUGAAUUUGGAGGAAAAGAGCCACUGGCUUAAGGCAGUGCUUUUCAACCUGUGGGCCACAGACCUCUGCGGGGUCACAAACUAUUUCUAAGAUUUCCAAAGGGGGCUGCACAUCCAUUUGAAGUUUUUUAGGAGUCCGCAAAUGAAAAAAGGUUGAAAACCACUGACUUAAGGAAAAGCUUUGUUUUGUGGUUUGGUUAAACCUUGAGAUUUGUUAGUGCUUUUCAACCUCCUUCCCUUGGCCAACCUAUAGUGCCCUACUGCUCAGUUAAUAGUAAUAGAUUUCCUGUGUUGGUUGCUAAUACUUUCACUUUUGUAAACCUUAUUUCCAUGUGCUAAAAGGGUUAUGUUGUUAAAUUGCAAAUAGCCAUGUGUGUCUUCUGUACAGAUUUGGCACAUCGUUUGUUGCCACAUUUAUGUUAAUGAUUGGUCUCCAUUCCUUGUUUGUGCUUAAAAAGCUUUACAUCCCUAAGAUACUUGAUGCCUGGUAAUAGACGUUGACAAGAAACAGGAUAGUUUUGAAAGUCAUUCUGUAAAUUGAGACAAGGUGGGUGAAUGAGCUACUGGUAUUUAUUGGACCAACUUCUGUUGGUGAAACAGACAAGCUUUUGAGCUACACAGGGCUCUUCUUCAGGUCCUGAAGAAAUGUCCUGAAGAAGAGCUCUGUAUAGCUCAAAAGCUUGUCUGUUUCAUCAAGAAAGUUGGUCCAAUAAAAUAUAUUACCUCCCCCACCUUGUCUCAGCAGCGUCCUGGGACCAGCACAACUGCAACAACACUACAAACAGUCUGUAAGGUGGCAGACCAUGCUUUCUUUGGAAAUAUGUUCCUAGUACUCUUUUUCCCCUAAUAAUUUAUGUACUUGUAACACUAAAACAUUUUCUUCUGGUACAACAUAAAAGAAUUUGCACACUGAAGAUUAGUAAAAACAGCACAGAACUGACUGCAUUUUUUCCUAAUGAAGUAAAUCUAGCUUCUCUUGGAAGAUACAACCAACUAGCUUGCAUAUUAAGCUUUAACUAAAGUUAAAUAUGAAGCUAGAAAUUUGCUGGCAAAAUUAUGGCCAUUGUAAUUGUUUCCAAGGAGCUAUAACUCAUUCCAACUGGAACAUUCACUUAAAAAGAAAAUUGGCCAGGAAAAAAAAUGCAACAAUUAUCUAAAAUUGUAUUGUUAUGUUUCAUAAAAAAAAUUCUGAUUGAGUGCAUGCCAGAGAGAUGAGUAAAUUUUGAUGUAAAAUUAUUAUUGAUAAAGCCGGCCAUUUAAAAUUGUACAAAUUACUAAUUCUUUGUUGAGUUCUAACAACAAUAGUUCCAUUUUAUACCUUUGCAUUUGCCUUGGGUCAGGGAAAUUCUGAUCAGUUAUCAACAAACAGCACUCACACCUGCAAAGCCUAUUGCUCAAAGAAACCUGUUAUUAAUAGUUAUAUUUGGUUCAGUCCUCCCAUUGAUUUUUUUAAAGUGCUCUGAGUUUCUCUAAAAUGUCAUAGUACUAGUUGUAAUAACAUUCUACAAAAUGUCCAGUAUUCAUGGUUUUGUUACUCACUAGAAUGCUCAUAGAUUGGGGGCCAAAUGCUCAAUUUAAUUUUGUGUGGCCUGCAUCACCACAUGUUUUGAGAAAUUCAUUCACGCAACAGUAACCUCUCAGCUGGGAGCAGACUCUUCAAUAAACCAAACCUGGCUGUUACAGGUUACAUAAAAACCUCAGCAAGACAGAUAAUUUAUUUUGUCAUGGUUUUUAAUAUUUAAAGUUGUGUUUGGCAUUGUGGGAGGCAGCAUUGCCUAGCGGAGCACUGGACUGGGAUUUAGGCGACCUAGGUUCUAUUCCUAGCUCUGCCAAUGGCCUGCUUUGUGACUUUGGAUAAGUUACGUUACCUCUUUGUGCCUCAGUUUCCCCAUCUGUAAAAUGGGGAUGAUGAUACUGAGUCUUGACUCUGCUCCCCCUCCCCAGCACACUACCCAGCAUAUCUGAGCCAGGGCAGGGGGGAAGUCAUCUGCUACCAGCAUAGAUCACUAGCAGAUUCCUGCCCCACUGAAGCAAGGGAGGAACCAGCCAGGGCAAGAAUUAUGUCUCUGGCUCAAUUCUUUCCCUGGACUGCUCUGGGGCAGUGCAGUUGUGCAUCACUCAGAGCUAGAAGGAAAGAGACAAUCUGGUCCAUUGUAGUGUUUUAAGAGGAUCUGCUGAAUAACAGAUUAGCCUGGUGGGUUAAUGAUCGUGCUCUACAUUGUAGCCUGGCGACCUGGGCUUGAUUAUUGCUCUAAUUGUUUCAUUUCCUGAAUCAUUCAGGGCUGAAGGCUGUGUACCAUGGGGAUGAUAAAAAAAGGCAAAUCCUCAGGUCUUAGUCAGGGAUGUGCAGCUCCCCUGGUGGGGCCAAAGAGCAAAUAUAGCCUUUAUUGUGCUUACAAAUCAUUUGAUGUAAAAUAUUAAUAAUAAUAAAUGGUAGAAUUAACUCAGAUGAUAAUAUAUUCUAUAGAAUUUAUUUCUAAAAUAUAAAGUCUGAGCAGUAUUUUUUUAAAAUUAAUAGUAGAAAACUACUGUUAUUUUCAGAAAAUAAAACAGAUGUAAGCAAAGGGCCCAGUUCCUUAACAUGUUCCAUAAUGAGUAUGAGAAAUCUCAAAAUUUGCUUCUUAAAAAAAUUUCCAACAUUCUUUUUAAAAAAAUGCACUUUGUUUAAUUUUGCUGUUCUCAGUGAUCACUUGACAUGCUAAUAAUUCUCUUUUUUCUCCAAGAGGGAUGCAAUCCAAAGCAAGAAAAUGGUGAUGUAAGAAACAAGUUUUCUUGAUUAGUUACAAAAAUAGAGUAUAUAAAGUACAAGAGCUCUCCAGGGGUCUUUAUUUUCCCCUAGAAUUACAAGGCAACUUCCAACUUACUUGGUAUUAAUGUGCCACAGGUAGCAUUGUUAUCUGGGGAGAAGGGUUUUAAAUUCCUUUUGUGAGAGCUGCUUGAGUUCCCUGCCUCCCAAGCAGCCUACAUUAUGGCAUUUACUAUAGACAUCUCCAGUUCACCUGGCACACACGUUUUGAAGAAUUUAGUGUUUUGUAGCUUUGCUCUGUUUGUAUCUUCCCUGAAAAAGUUUUGCUUUGAGAUGAGGCUUUACAUUAAGGAAGAGCUGAAAUGUGGGUCUAAAAUGAGGUAUGUCUCUCUGAAAAGGGAAGGUUGAGAGGUAUAUUGAGUGUUAGUGUUCUGGAGGACCCAAGGUUGGCAGAUGGUGCAUCAGGGUGUCCAGUAGCACAGAGGGGACACUGUCGUUUGCUCCUGGAGGCUAAAGAGCCACACCCAGGGAGCUUUACAGCUUGGCUUCUCAGAUGGAAAGUCUCCCGUUUUUCAAAUAGACCCAGAGAAAAUGAAGAGGCAAAUGUAUUAUUUAUUUGUUUAAUCCUUUUUUACUUACGCCUCAGCAGUGAUUGAGUCUGUCAAACUGUUCAUACUGUAGAAUGUUCAACAGAUGCUUUUGUUGAACCUCAAGUGGUAACAAGUCCACAAGAAAAUGAAAAGAACAUGUUGCCCUGUGUUUAAUAUAUGUACUUCCUUUCCCCCAUCCCCCACUCCUGCAUAAAAGGUUUCCACAGCAGCCAAGGAAAGCCUAAAUAGUUUUAUAUACUGUCUGGAGGAAUAAUGGAAAAUAUAUUGACAAACAUGGCUCCAGUCUUAACCAUGCACCCAGUUAAUGCAUCUGCGCUGACAUGGAUUUUUUUGGAAGAAGGCCUUCGUUAUCUUGAUGGCAAAGGAAAAGUUUCAUAAAAAGGAGCAAAAAUUGAGAUAAAGAGGGGCCCAGAGCAGGCACCAUAAGUCUGUCUUCACUAGAAAUUAAGUUGUGUUAGAACAUGACAUGAGUUGUGUUAACUAAUGUUGUUAAACACAACUUUGCAGCAAGUAUGUACAGGAAAAAGACGUUUAACAUCAUGUCAGCUGGUCAUGAGCAAACAUCAGUGAAACCAUAGGUUUAAUCACAACCAGUGGAUAGUGUGAAACACAGCUUGCCCCUGUCUACCCUGACUGCAAAGUCAUGUUUAACAUUGAGUUAGUUGACACAGCUCCUCAGGAUCUUGUUCUAACAUGACCUAAUUUCCAGGUAUCAACAAACUAUAAGAGUAAAGAAGACAUAUAGGUCCUCCUGAGUAAGGGAGUUAGGCAUUCAGCUCCCAGUAAGAGUCAAUGCUAGUUGGACACCUAACUCCCUUAGACUCCUAUGAGCCCUAUUUUUUUCUGGAUUACUGAUGUGGGCCUACAUUUUUGUUUUGGAUUAUGUGUGAAAGCCAGCCCUUUUGGUAUGCUUGGGGUUUACUGUGAAACCACCCAUCCACAGGUGAGUCUUUGAUAUGCAGGCUAACCCUGGUGUUUCAGGCUUCUCAACAGGGUUAUAUUUUUGUGUGCACUGCCAGCUGCUUCUCUUAAAACAAACAAACAAAAAAAUGUCUUGCUGUUAUGUGAACAUGUGCCACUCUACUUUAUUUUCAAAUUGUUCCGCACAAAAGAACUAUUAGGGUAAUUUUAUGUGUAACUAUUUCAAAAUAUGAAGUGUUGUAGUGAAUGUUCACAUAACAGCAAGACUUUUUUUGUUUUAUAUAUAUUAUAUAUAUAAUGCCCAUAACUGGGCCCUUCUUUUAAUUGACUGACUGUAGGCACUUCUAUGGAAAUAUGUCUGAAGUGUAGUUUGUGAAAAAUGUUUUAAAAGUGUUUGAUGUAAAAUAAGCGCUAGACAUUUAACAGUGCAGAAUUAGUCAAAAUCUGUAGAUUACAAAUCUGUUCCUAACAGCCUCAGCCUGUAAUAGUGUCUUAGUAAAGUUGAUCUGCUUUAUUUUAGUUAAUCGCAUUUCUGGUGUAAUAGCCUUUUGAAAAUAAAAUUAUUAAUACAUAUGUACUGGUUAAUACCUGUGAAUAUAGAAUAUGGCACUUCGUUAUUUUGAUAUGGUUUCACUUAAAACUGAUAGAGUAUAUCAAUUUUGUAAGAAAAGUCAUUCAGCAUUUAUUAUAAAGACAUUUUUCAUGUUAAAAAUACCUUUGGUUGGUCGAACAAAUAUCUGCUAUGUAAAAUUUAUAUUGUCUACCAUGGCCAUAUAUUUUAAAAGAUUCAGCAAUAUAUGUGCAAGAAUAUUAACGGUGCUUCUGAAACUCUGUGAGCUCACAGUUGGUGAUAAAAAGACAGUAAGUAAUAUGGUUAAUAUUAUAUUAAAUCACAGGUUCAAAAGCACUUUGAGUUAUUUGUCCUUCAAACAGAUAUAACCAAUUCAAUUGUUAAAUACAAUGGGAAUUGCAGUGUAACAGUAUAAUUAUACAGUAGUAGUUGAUUUAAAAAUUGUAUAUAACUCCUAACUAACAAUUUUUGAGAAAAAUAGUUGUACUGCCAUAUAAUUAAAAUAUUUUAUUUUCCAUUAUAACUGGUCUUACAUGCUAAAAUUAUGAGGGUUUCAACAGUAAAGCAACAUUUUAUUUAUUGGACUGUUUUCAAACUGAGAAGUGAAUGGAAAGAGAGUUCAUCUUGAAAUCAAAAUACCUACGUACAUGAAAAUCAUUGAACAUUACAAAUUCAUGAUGAGUUACACAUUUCCUAGAUUGAUUUCCUUUGUUUUAUAAAUUGUAAACUCAAAGAUGCCAAAGGGUAAUAUAAGCUACAAUAACAUUCAACAGAACUUAACCUGGACCUUAUGUUGUAAUAAUUUAUUCAAAUUACCUGUAUUCUUCUGUAUUUAUAUUUUCAGUAUUUAUUAUGAAUGAUAUGGAAAUUGAUGUAUUUAUUGUGGCUUAUUACUGCAAUGUACAUAUUAUAAAAUUAGCAUUUUUAAGUCUUAACAUUAGGUUUCUUUUUGUUUAUCAGUGGCACUCGUAUUCUCCUGUAUUUUUAUUAUAUAUUGUACAAUAUAUAUUGUCCAUUUGUUUGCAACACAGUAAAACAGGUUUCUACGUUACAUCA